AUGCCAGCGGAAUUAUUGGCUAAAAUCGUUAGUUUAGUUUCGGAAAACGGUGUAGAAGACUUGAAAAGUUGGAUUCGAAGUGGUCAUGCAGGCAAGGAUGUUGUCUUGUCGAAAGAGACACUAAAGCGUGUGGGACUUGACAAAUCAGAUUUAUCAGCGUAUAUGGAGUUCAUAGAUGGUCGACUUUGUAUGGAAGAUCCAUUUAUUGGCGAGCUAGUUACAAACCCACCAUUGAAGAGAGCUGGCAGGCCAAAAUGUCCUAUUUGCAAGAAAAACGGACAUAUGUGUCCAGAAACGAGUGUACGGCCAAGAGUUGUUACAAUGGGAAAGAAGAAACGGAUGGGGAAUAUUGUAGAUAUAAACCAAGAUGUUUUGGAUAAAAUCGUAAGCAUUAUUGCUAGAGACAGAGUUGAUGUAUUGAAAAGUUGGAUGAACACAAGAAGGGCCGGUAAAAAAGCGGUUUACUCUCCGGCGACUCUAAGCUCCGUACGCCUAGACCUGAACGAAAAUUUUGUCCAAUGCCUGAAAUUAGGAUUCCGUAACUUAGAUCUUGAUGGAGCUAUUUCGGUACUGAACAAAGUACAACAUACCUACCUAGUCGCGGCUCUAUUACUAAUUAUGCUACAAAGUUGUGCAUGCACGCUUGUGGAAAAGAACUACUGGAAAUUCCGAGAUAAGUUCAAUGUCAGACGAAUUAAUGUUUCAUAUAAACACAAUCGGUCCCAAACGAUUCGGAAACUACUGUUACACAUGGCAUUUCGUGGAUUUUCCACACUGUUGGUUUUCCCAUAA